AUGCCACAUUACUCACCCAUGAUGCAUCAUGCUCCCGUGGCCCCGGGGACGGUGUUUCUCGAUGACCCAAACAUCUGGGACUUCAAGUCCCAUUGGUGUUUUGCCGAUGCUGCGAAGUGCUAUUUGGACGUGGAAUGCCAGAGGCCUCAGCUGAGCGUGGUGCACGCAUUGGACUUCCUGGCUGGCUUUCACGCUUCUCAGGGGGAUCAGACACUUGGGUUUCUCUAUUCUGGCACGACUGCCCGAAUGGGUCAAGCCCUGGGUCUAGGUGUUGAUUGCCCGGACUGGGUCAAACUCGGUCUCAUCGCCGAGACUGAGAGGCUUGACUGA